UUGGCCCCAGUUGGCAGCCAGUUUGGGAAGCCCGGGAGUUCAGGAAGCGUUUGGCGUCUCUUUGUGACACCCUCCCCUCCCCCCGUGACAGGAACGGGUCAGAGCAGAGGGAGAAGCGGCUGGAGUUUAUCUGGAUUCUGCUCCCCGCUGGAUCCGUGUCUUCUGGGCUCCGGUGUGAUUGUGUGUUUGACUGUGCAGAGAUCGGCGACUUCCAGGCGGCGCUGGCUGACUUCGCUGGCCGGGCUGAGGCGCUCUGUGCCCGGGCAAGCCUUUCCUGGAUCCCUCCCUGCUCAGAGGCGGUGGAAGUGCUGUGGAUGAAGUAGCUUUCGCCUGUUUCUCGUUUCCCCCCACCGGAUGCUGCCUGGCCUUUUGGGCUGCUUCUCGUCGCCGGCUAUGAGGGAUCUGCUUUGAAGAUGGAGAUUAUUAUUUUUUUCUUCCUGGCUGUGGUGCCGGUGUACAUCAAGGGAGACGGGGUUUAUGCUCCAGCUCAGGCCCAGAUCAUCCAUGCGGGGCAGGCCUGUGUUGUGAAGGAAGAUAACAUCAGUGAACGAGUGUACACUAUCCGGGAGGGCAACACCCUGGUCCUGCAGUGUCUGGUCACGGGACACCCACGGCCACAGGUGAGGUGGACCAAAACUGCUGGCAGUGCCUCGGACAAAUUCCAGGAGACAUCGGUGUUUAACGAGACCCUUCGGAUUGAGAAGAUCCAGAGGCUGCAGGGAGGCCGCUAUUACUGUAAAGCAGAGAAUGGGGUUGGGGUCCCUGCCAUCAAGUCCAUUCGAGUAGAUGUGCAGUAUCUAGACGAGCCCAUUCUCACCAUCCACCAAACCAUCAGCGAUGUACGUGGCAGUUUCUACCAGGAGAAGACGGUCUUCCUCCGGUGCACAGUCAACUCUAACCCUCCCGCUCGCUUCAUCUGGAAACGGGGUGCUGAGACACUCUCCCACAGCCAGGAUAAUGGAGUGGAUAUCUAUGAGCCACUCUACACACAGGGUGAAACCAAAGUUCUGAAGCUGAAAAACCUGAGGCCGCAGGAUUAUGCCAGUUACACGUGUCAGGUGUCCGUCCGGAAUGUCUGCGGCAUCCUGGACAAGUCAAUCACUUUCCAGCUCACUAACACAACAGCCCCACCUGCUCUGAAGCUGUCUGUCAAUGAGACCCUGGUGGUGAACCCAGGAGAUAAUGUCACUAUGCAGUGCUCCCUGACAGGCGGCGACCCCCUGCCUGAAGUGGUCUGGUCUCACUCACCCAGCCCUAUGCCUCACAACAGCCUUAUUCAAGAGGGUAACCUCACCAUCUGGGGGAUCCGCAUGGAAGAUUCAGGCUACUACAAUUGCACGGCCAUCAACAAUGUGGGGAACCCAGCUAAGAAGACAGUGAAUCUGCUGGUGCGAUCCAUGAAGAACGUCACCUUCCAGAUCACCCCUGACGUGAUCAAAGAGAGUGAAAGCAUCCAACUAGGGCAGGACCUGAAGCUCUCAUGCCAUGUGGAUGCCGUCCCCCAGGAGAAGGUCGUCUACUUCUGGUACAAGAAUGGGAAACCGGCCAGGGUCUCGGACCGACUGCUCAUUUCCAGGAACGACCCUGAGCUCCCACCAGUGACCAGCAGCCUGGAGAUCAUUGACCUGCGCUUCAGUGAUUAUGGCACAUAUCUGUGCAUUGCGUCCUUCCAGGGGGCCCCCAUCCCCGACCUCAGUGUUGAGGUGAACAUCUCUUCAGAAACAGUGCCUCCAACCAUCAGUGUCCCCAAGGGCCAGUCCACCAUCACCGUUCGGGAGGGCUCCAGGGCCGAGCUGCAGUGCGAGGUUCGAGGGAAGCCCAAGCCGCCCAUCAUCUGGUCCCGGGUAGACAAAGAGGCCCCCAUGCCCUCAGGUGCCAUGACAGUGGAGACUUACGAUGGGAAGCUGCGCCUGGAGAGCGUUAGCCAAGAAAUGAGCGGGACCUAUAAGUGUCAGACAGCCAGGUACAAUGGCUUUAACAUCAGACCCCGGGAAGCUCUGGUACAGCUCAACGUACAGUUCCCCCCAGUGGUGGAACCAACUUCUCAGGACAUCCGCCAGGGCAUGGGCCGCAGCGUCACCCUGCGGUGCACCAUGCUGAAGGGGAGCCCCAUGAAGGUAGCCACAGCCGUCUGGCGCUUCAAUGGGAACCUCUUGACACUGCCCCCCACAGAGCAGCAGGACUACUCAGAGUUGAAGGUGGACAGCGUGAACCGGGAGACCAGUGGUAGCUACGAGUGCAGCAUCUCCAACGACGUGGGGGUCUCCACCUGCCUCUUCCAGGUGUCUGCAAGAGCUUACAACCCAGAGUUUUACUACGACACUCCCAACCCCACACUCAGCCAGAAGCAAUCCAAGAACUACUCUUAUGUCUUGCAGUGGACACAGAAGGAACCCGACGCAGUGGAUCCCAUUCUCAAGUACCGUCUGGAUGUCCGGCAGUUGAAUCAGAGGAACACUGUCCAAACGUUAAUUCCUGUGAAGAAGAUGGAGAAAGGCCUGCUGCUGGAGCACAUCCUGCGCAACCUGAAGGUUCCUCAGAGCUAUGAGGUUCACCUGACGCCCAUCACCAACUUUGGGGCUGGUGAUAUGGCUGCCCGCAUCAUCCGGUACAUGGAACCGAUUAACUAUCCCAACCCGGCAGAUAACACCUGCCACUUUGAGGACGAGAAGAUCUGUGGCUUCAUGCAAGACAAGAUGGACAACUUUGACUGGACCCGUCAGAAUGCCUUGACUCAGAACCCCAAGCGCACUGUCAACACAGGGCCAUCCACAGAUAUCAGUGGCACGGAAGAAGGUUAUUAUAUGUUCAUUGAGGCCUCCCGGCCCCGGGUGCAAGGAGACAAGGCCCGGCUCAUCAGCCCCCUGUACAACAUCACCGGCAAGUACUUCUGCGUCUCCUUCUUCUACCACAUGUACGGGAAGCACAUUGGCUCCUUGAAUCUUCUGGUUCGUGUGCAGAACAAACGGGCCAUUGACACCCAAGUCUGGUCGCUCAGCGAGAACAAAGGAAACGAGUGGAAACAAGCACACGUCCCCAUCAGCCCUCCAGGACCCUUUCAGAUCAUCUUUGAAGGCGUCCGCGGCACAAGCUAUGAGGGGGACAUUGCCAUUGACGAUGUCACUCUGAAAAGGGGAGACUGCCCAAGGAAGUCGAUUGGCCCAAAUAAAGCAGUCGCCCUUCCAGGGAACGGCGUCCCAACCCUGCACAGGUCUUCUCUCGGUGGGCCACUGACUUUUUUCCUUUAUGUGCUGCUCAGAUGAUGGCAAGCGAGCGUUCCUGUCUUCUGGCCAAGACAUUCCUGCUCCUUUCCUACUCAACCACCUCUGCUCCUCUUCCUCCCCCUCCUCACUGGCACACGAAAGUGUCCAUACGUUACCAAAGACUGACAAGCAUGACCACACAAAGGGAUCUGCUCAGAACCUGGUGGAUUCCUCAAGAAAGUCAUAAUGUCUAAAAAAAUAAAAAUAAAAAACAGAAAAUGAGAGAGAGAGAAAGAGAGAGAGAGAGGAAGGAAGAAAACAAUCACACAAGAAGGAAUGAAGAAAAAUGGGAAUGACAAAAAUGUAAAGAACAAAUGAAGGAGGAAACUCCCCCUCCCCGUGUUUCCUUGGGAACAUCUGACAGGACUUCCUCAGGGAAGUGGGAACUUUGUUUUAAACAAAAAUAUAUAUAUAUAUUAAAGCACAAAUUUCUACCAGAACUGUUACCUUCUUUACUGCAGAGCCCACAGCUUAGGAGACAGUGUACCGCAGCGCUCCCCUUUUGGCUCUCCGUGUUCCACCUUUAUCCUGCUGGCUCUGGCUACCGUGUACCAGCUGCAGCGCCCCUACGGUAACAUCCCACCUGCCUCCAUUUGGGGCAGCUCACCUCCCGCGUGCUGGUUGGCCAUAGACUCUCACUCCAUGCUGCAUGUGCUACAGUGUCUCCAUCCGCAUCUUCCAGACUUCCAUGUAUUCAAUUGUCUAUGUGUGAUUUGCUUUAAUCCACACCGCACUCCUUCCCCCACUCGCUGUGUCCUCCUGCCGCGUCCAAAGAAGACAACAGUGGAGUGGACCCAUCAUCUGGAUUGUACUGAGUGGUGGAAAACCCUGGGUUGAUCCAACUGCAGCACUGGCCAUCGAACACUCCCAGGUGCUUCUCUCUCUGCGUCUCUCACUUCCCACCACUGGGUGCACAAACUCUGAUGAUGGAGCCGAGGCUGCAAACAAAAGCUUCUCAGUGGGAUGGAGCUGGCAGGGUGGUGACAUGCGGACAGCACUUGUCAGUCAGUGGACAUUGGAGUGGGAGCUGCAGCAGCCUUGGGGCGAGGAUCUCCUCUCAGAUUUUUUUGGCUAACUAACUAACUUCUUUCUUCAUUCCAUUUUUAGCCUUUCCCGCCCCAAACUCCUAUUUCCUUUCAGACUGUGGGGAGAGGCAUGGAUUUGCACCCUUUACACUUCCCUACCCCAAAUCACAGGCCUCUCUUAGUCUCCAACCCUUGUGCCCUCUGAAUGGAUCUGAAAUUGCAGCUGCUGCCUUGAGCUCCAAGGACUUGUGGUUCCCAGGAUGUAUUAGCCACAAGGGAGGUGCAAGGGGGGCAGCUGGGUUCCCUUCACCAGAGUAACAAUCAGAGGAACCAGGGGAUGGAACGGGCACUAAAGCUCCUGGGUGACUGGGCAGAGCAGGUGGCUGGAUCCCAAAGAGGGGAUCAUUCUGGUUUUCACUUCUGUUGGCUGCUGGGGAAGAGGGUGCAGGUAGGGAGAAAGUUGGGAUUUCUUCUUCAUGGAGUUCAUGCUGCCACCAUGAAGGAAUAAAGCCAAUGUCUCAGGAGAGUUGCCUCUUGGCUCUGACCCUGUUCCAGCCAGAUCCAUCCUGCUCCCUACCGCAGCCAUGGCUUGGCCUGGGGGUGACGUGGUGUGUAGGCAUCUGCUGUUCCAGGUGAACUCAGGAGCAAGGUCUCCCAUAGGCUAGCCAAGUAGGAGCCAUUUUGACCUUGUUACAGCUGGAAAUAGCUCUAGACCUAUCUUGCUCUCACCCCUCCCACCGAAGAAUAAUGUUAGCUGUACCUGUGGGGGGGAGGAAGGGGGUGUGCGUCAUUGCAUGCUGAGGAGAUUCAGUGAGGUGACACUCUUUCCUCUGAGGCACACCCAGUCUGCUUGCUAUUCCAAGGGCACAGAAGAGGUACACUGACCUGUCUCAGGUGUAGAGUCACCAGCACACAUGCCCUCACCCCGCCCUCUCUGAUGACUUUAUCAUAAAUUUAGGCUUCUCUGGACAAUAGCAUGUAGCUAAAUCAACUCAGUGUAUCACCUGCCCAACACCUUCUGCGAUGCUUGGCUUCCCAAAAUGUCUGAGGCCUGGCUUCCCCCUCACACCCAGUGGGGAGGCCUGUGUUCAGUGCUCUAUCUUACUGUCCAAGAGACCCAUCUUCCAGUGCUGGAUCCAAACGCUCACUCCCCAGGCGUCUGGGAGAUGGCAUCUUGAGUCAUUCUGCAGUGACUCUCGUGGCCAGUGUAGGAGGUGUGCUGAUGGGCUCCAAAGGGAGUCCCAUCCAGUCAUCCUGAACCAAAAAAAUGGGUGCUGGGAUGUUGGGCUGAGGCAAUCCUUCACAGAGGACUUCCCAAAAGAUAUCGAAGGGUCCAGCCACAGGGUUCCAAAACUCCAAUUGAUGAUUUUCCUGCUCUCCAGGACUGAGAACUCUGCCCUCUUCAUCUGCUUAGUCCCUCCACCUCCAUCUCCUAAGCCCAGCUCUUAGUCUCAGUGAACAUUUAGCAAGGGAAUGUGGUACCUUUGCCAUUCGCCAGGUAUUGCAGUGGGACCCUUGCAGGAUAACCUCUCCCCACUGCCAGCAGACACCGAGAAAUGCAACCAACCAGUCCCCAGCUUUUUAGAAAAUCUCCUUCAAUUCUAUGCCCUGGAAUGUGGUCUCCCCAGGAAGCAGCUUUCUUUCCUCCUUGUAUGCUUUCCAAGGGGUCUGAUCUCAAUCCUUGGAGGAGAGCUGGUGCUUUCCACAGGCAGCACAGGGGCCUGGGUGUUUAAUGCUGUCUAAUGAUUUGGGUCAGCUGCCAAAGUUCCCUAUCAUGUUGCAGUGGGCCUUGGGAUGGGGUGGAGUAUGUUCCCUUCCAAAAGAGCUAGCCACGAGAGCCCAUAUUUCCUUCUCGAUGUGGGGGUGGGGAGGAGGCAGGUCAUGAAUUUGCACCUUUUGAAGUUUUUUGGGAAUGUGGGGUGAGCUCUUGUGAUUACGUUCCCCUGAGGAGGAACAAGAGGCAUGCUGCAGAGCUGGCAGGGGAGGUGGAGGAGAGAGAUCAAGGUCUUGAGCAAGAAUUAUCCCUGAGCAGAGGCAGGUGAGAAUGGACUGAUUCUAAAAAGGAAAACCCGUGACCCCUAUGUCCCUGCUCUGCUGCAGCAUCUGGCCCAUUCACCACACACACAGGAAUGUGCCAGAGCCACUGGCUAACCCACCACUCUCAGGGUCACAGUCCAGUCCAUGGUAUUGGGGCUGGAGAGCAGCGUAGUUUUUCCCUUAGCAGGGCCGGCUCCAGCGUUUUUGCCACCCCAAGUGGCGAAGAGAGGGA